CGAGUGGGUGCGCAUGCGCAGCAGGCCGUGUUUGCAGCAGGGCGCGGGGCGCUCGCCGCUUUUCCUGCGGCUGGCAGGAGGCCGGAAGGAGUUCCUGAGCGCGCGGACUUGCGGCGGAAGUGGAAGAAGAACGUGCGUGAGCUAGACCUCUGCUUCAUUUACUGAGUCAGUCGGACUCGUGUGCUUAGGUGUGGGUUGGAGGGAGCCCGUUUUUCGAGGGUCUUUGGAUGUCAGCCAGAAGGGCUCCUGCUCAAGUGUUUGGAGCUGAAAGAUGCAACCCAGGGAAGGGCACUGUGGCUAGCUAAGGAAACUAUGCUUGAUGUUCCUUCUAGAUCUCAUGUCAACACCAAGCCCUCAGCUGCUGGUGGCAGCUGCUCAGCAGACCUUGGGCAUGGGAAAGAGACGAGCUCCACCCCGCGCCGCCUGUCUUCAUCUUGCCGCAGAGGUGCUGGCUGUGGCCGGGGGACUGAAGCCAGCUCUGCUCUAUGAUUGUAACUGUGCGGGGGCAUCAGAGCUCCAGAGUUAUCUGGAGAAACUGCAGGGACUGGGUUUCCUGACCCUGGGACUUCACAUCCUUGAGAUUGGAGAAAACAAUCUUAUUAUCAGUCCUGAGCAUGUAUGUCAGCACUUGGAGCAGGUGCUGCUUGGUACCAUAACCUUUGUAAAUGUUUCCAGCUCCCAAUCUCACCCUUCUAUCUGCUCCCUGGACCAGCGUCAGGACUUGAAGACCCUUGUGGCUGAAAUCAUCACGCAUUUGCAGGGGCUGAAGAGGGACCUAUCGCUAGCAGUCUCACACAGCAGACUCCAUUCCUCAGACUGGAAUCUCUGUACUGUAUUUGGGAUCCUCCUUGGCUAUCCUGUCCCUUAUACCUUUCACCUGAACCAAGGAGAUGACAACUGCUUAGCCCUUACUCCACUACGAGUGUUCACUGUCCGGAUCUCAUGGCUGCUAGGCCAACCCCCAGUCCUGCUCUAUUCCUUUAGUGUCCCAGAGAGCUUGUUCCCAGCUCUGAGGGACAUUCUAAACACCUGGGAGAAGAACCUCAGAAUCCGAUUUAGGACUCAGAAUGACUUUCCUGACCUCAGCAUCUUCUCUGAGAUAGUCACACUGCCAGCUGUGGCCCUCUGACUUUAACUGUCCUCCCAUGUAGAAGGGUCAAAUUCAGAAGAUGGUGCCCAUCUUCUGUCCUUCACCUUCCUCUUCCUCUUGUCGGAAACGCCGAGUGACGUUGUGGGCGGGGCAGCUGUGCUGUGACCACACAGCACCAAGGACGAGCAUGGAUGGACGGCUGCGUGGAAAGACAGGAGGAGCCUGGGUCCCUGAAGGACCGGGUCUGCCCCACCCAGAGUUUUUGUUACAAGAAGAAAAUAAAUCUCUGCUUGAUCCGGCCACUGUCAGACGAUUGGGUUUUCUGUUACUCCCAGGGGACUUUGGUGCUAACAAACGUAAACGUCACCGCUGCAGGGCUCUCUGACACUCCGGUCUAGGCUGUUGACUUCAUGCAAGACGCUCGCACACUUAGGAGUGAGGAGUGUGAGUUUCCUGUGUCUUUUGGGGCCCUUGUUUCCUCUCUUUCCCCGGCAAUGGUAGAAUAAAAAAGGUGUCUAGUCAUUCUGCUCGUCGGCUUGGCUGUGCUUGCUGAUGGGGGGAAAAUGCCAAUUUGACUCAUGUUAUCAGACUUUGACUUCAAGUCCUGGAGGGAGAGGGAGGCAGUGAACUGUGUCCUCAAGAAUAACUAGAUCUGUCAAGAAUGUGGAAAGUCAAAGUCACGAUGAGGUGCCACAGCCGGUUACGCAGGCUUGAGAGAGCUGAAGGUGUCCCUCUCUUCCUGAUCCACGUGCAGGGACGUCGUGCUGGUGGCUUGGAGUUGGCCGUGGUGACAGUCUGUACAUCAUGGAUGUGGGCAAAUGCUACAAAUCAGCAAGUUAAGGCUUCCCCCCACCCCUUUUUCUGGAGAGCCAGGUGAAACAUUUACAAGAUCUGGAAAAGACCAGAGGCUUACUUUAAUAUUAACCGAUCAAUAUUGGCUCGUAGCUUCCAUAUCUUCUCUUGCUCCCGCAUGUUGUCAAAUAAGCCAUACGUGAGCGGAAUCAGGGAACGGCUGCUUUAUACUGAACACAGGCUGAAAUCUUACCAUGUGUUUGGGCCCAAGGAGAACCCUUAAACGUUCAGACUGAAGGCAAAACUAAUUUUAACUUGACUUUGGCUCAGCAGUUGUCAUCUGAUCAUGUUCUUGUCUCAGCAAUUCAUCUCAGCAACUAAUCAGCCCUCCCGCCCCCGUCCUGUUGGCAAUCUAUAGGGCCUUGGCCUCUCGCAUACCUGGCUUCUUGCUCUGUUUGUGUCACCCUCAGAAACCCUUGACUCUGAGUCUAGCACAACAGUUUGUUACCUGCACCCAGACACCUCAUAAUCUUCUCUGCCUCAGCACCUGGGUGCCGGGGUACAGAGAACUAAACAGACGAAACUCCUGCCCGCAGGAAGCCAACAUUCUAGCCAGGGGCCUAUGGCAGGAGGCAUCAUGGCCUCCUUGACACUCCUCCAUCAAGAGUUGGGGUAUGUAUUCCCUUCCCUUGAAAUGGGAUGGGUCUUCAGAACUGCUUUGACCAAAAAUGUAUGGUCAGUCCUAAAAGGGAACAUAGCUUCUGCCUGGCUCUUUCUCUUGGGAUACUUUCUGUUGGAUCCCCAAGGCCCUCUAAGAAAUCUGGCAACCCCAAAGCUGCCAUUCAAAGACACCACAUGGAGAAACCAUGCAAAGAUAGAGAGAGAUGCCCAUGGUGCUCCACCUGCUCCAGGUGCUCAAGUGCCCUACCUGCUCCAGACGCUCAAGGUCCCCUUCCUGUUCCUGGUGUGCAAGUGCCCUAUCUAUUCUAGGUGUCCAAAGUGUCCUGCCUGGUCCAGGUGCCCGAGAUGUACUGCCCAUUCCAGACACCCAACAUGCCCUACUUUCCCCAGGCCCCAGCUGUACAGUUCUCUCCAGCACAGGCACCAGCCAUGUGCACAGUAGAGCUUCCAGAUGAUUCCACCUUUGAGCCACCCCAACUUUGCUGAGCGGAGCAGAAAUUAACUAUCCCCUGCUGAGCCCUGCUCAGAUUACAGAUUUGCGAGUGAAGGAAAUAAUUGUUUUAUGUUUUAAGCCAUUGAGUUUUGGGAUGGUUUGUUAUGUAGCCAUAGUAACUGGAACAGGGACAGACAAUAAAGAAGAUAAAUGAGCAACAACAACACACACACCAUUAAGUGCUAAGGAGAAAAAAGAAAGCAGGGAAGG